UGAGGUCAGAUAGAUCUGAGCUCUGUCCCUUCCUGUCAGAGUGACCUUGGGCAAAGCACUUCACCUUUUCUUCACAGAGGAAAAAUCUAUGCUGCAGGGAAGCUCUCAAUAGUAGAGUGGAAUGUGACUGACAUGUAGUAGGUGCUCAAUAAAUGGCAGCUGUGUUUGGUGGUCAUUCAUAGCCCAGCCUUUUAGGAGCUGCAGGAGUCCAAGCUGGGGUCAGGGCUCUGAAAGACCUUAUCCCUACAGGGCCCCCAGAAGUGGAGUCAGAGGAAGGGGCCUCUUGAAUGUACUUUGGGCAAAGUCCUCCCAGCCCCCAGGGUCCUGGCUCCCUUCCCUGCAGCCUGUUCCUUACCUACAACAGGAGCAGGGCCCCAAGGUUAGGCAAACAACUAGAGAUAAGGGACUUCCAGGCUGGGCCUUGCAUUCAAGGCUUGUCCAGCUCUGCAGCUGGCUUCCUGGCUUAGAGAGAACCCUGGGCUUGUGCGCACAUUCAGAGUGGGCACCAAUAGAACACCAGUCACAGCCACCUGCUGAUUGUGCACCUGAGGCCUUGGUGCCCUGGUACAGCCUGGGUUAAUGACCCUGUUUAUCUGCUUGAGUCAUCUGAUAAGGGACAGCCGGGCAGCGGGCAGGCAGUCCUGUGCCCUGCACCAGCCACUUCAUUGACUGAGGAGAUAACAAUGCCACGUGGAGCUCCCAAUGUCCCCUCCCCCACCACUUUCCUAUCGGUCCUGCCAGGGUCAGUGUGUGCACAUUAUAUUUUUUCAAUGAACAUGACUUCUAGAGUCAAGGUUAUCGGGCCAUUCCCCUUCCCGCCCACUGGGGAUAUAAAUAGCACCCACGCCAUAGCUCAGAGGGCCAGAGAGCUAGGAAGAACUAAGAGCAGGUUUCCAAUCAUGAGCUCCAGCCAGCCAGGAGCCUGCCCAUGCCAGGGUGCUGUGGGCCGUCCAGCCAUUCUGCAUGCACUCCUGAGCCCUGGCCUAAGGGCCAGGCCCCCGGCACCCCCAUCCCGCAGCCGUUGCCAGUGUAGGCAGCACCGCCCUGUCCGCCUGUGUGCUCCUCACCGCACCUGCCGGGAGGCCUUGGAUGUCCUGGCUAAGACGGUGGCCUUCCUCAGAAACUUGCCAUCCUUCUGCCAGCUGCCUCCUCAAGACCAGCGUCGGCUGCUGCAGGGAUGCUGGGGCCCCCUCUUCCUGCUUGGGUUGGCCCAAGACACUGUGACCUUUGAGGUGGCUGAGGCACCAGUGCCCAGCAUACUCAAGAAGAUCCUGCUGGAGGAGCCCAGCAGCAGUUCUGGCAGCAGCCAGAUGCCUGACAGGCCCCAGCCCUCGAUGGCUGCUGUGCAGUGGCUUCAGUGCUGCCUGGAGUCCUUCUGGAGCCUUGAGCUGGGCCCUAAGGAGUACGCCUACCUGAAAGGAACCAUCCUCUUCAAUCCAGAUGUGCCAGGCCUCCACGCCUCCCCCCACAUCGGGCACCUGCAGCAGGAGGCUCACUGGGCGCUGUGUGAAGUCCUGGAGCCCUGGCACCCGGCAGGCCAGGGCCGUUUGGCCCGUGUCCUCCUCACAGCCUCCACUCUCAAGAGCAUUGCCCCCAGCCUCCUUGGGGACCUCUUCUUCCGCCCUAUCAUUGGAGACGUGGACAUCGCUGGACUUCUUGAGGAUAUGCUUUUGCUGAGGUGACCUGAGAGGGCAGGCACCCCAGGAGCAGCUUGGACCUUGUUGGUUUGGACACAGUGCUACAGUCAUCUAGCAGGGCUUUGUUGGUUCCCAGAGCCUCAGGGCCAAGACUUCCAUCCCCUCCUGGAACGGGGAUGGACGUUUAGGCUGCUCGUUUGUGUCAGAAUUCCUACUGACUUUUUACAGAACUGAAUUAAGUUAUUGUUUUUGUAAUAAAAGGUGUAACACCCUUGGA